GAGAGAUCUUAUUCGGAAUGGAGUUUUCUUCAGUUCAGAAACUUUGUUUACACUUAAUUUCUUCAGCAUAUCAGAGAUGCCGAUUAUCCGAACAGAUUUGCAGACUCUCAGUUGGUCUCACUUGCUCUUCAUCUUCCGAUCAUUCUCUUAAAAUUUCUAUAUCUGAUACUGGCAUUGGGAGCAGCUUAGAGGAAUUUCAAGAAAUGAGGGUUUCUUUCACAAAUGUUGCUGACAAUUGGGAUGGAAUGCUUUCUAUCAAAACCACCGGUAUCAGUGAUAGUGAGAUACAUAAUUAUCAGAUAAAUCUGAAAGAAAGAGGUUCCUCAAGAAUAACUAAACUACCUCCAAACACAAAAAAUGGUGCAAAAUUCAGUGGCAGUGAAGUUUGCUUUUCUUCUUUUGUUAACCCUGAUCUCUUGCUGGCUGAAAUUCAUAACCUCCUAGAGAAGAUGUUAAUUCUAAAUAUUCCUAAUGUUGCAAUUCAAUUAGUAGCAGAAGACAGCAAUGUGCCUGAAUCACGAUACGAAAAGGUUUUUCUUGCAAAUACAUGCGAGCAGUUGCCAAUCUCAACAUCAAGUCUUGAACAUCUUAAGUUAGGCCUCGAAGACUAUGUACUUAAGCAUGGAAAUAACUCAAGUGACCACUGUAACUCUUGCUUCACAAGUUGGGAGGAGCUCAAAGUUGGGAGUGGAGUGGCUUGCAGCACUGAAAACGGUCUACACGCUGAACUGAUGAUGGAAGUUGUCUUAGCAAUAAGUAAUAUAUCAACUCAAAACACUACGUGCUUCAGAGAAUAUGGUGACAAAACAGAGGUUUUGUAUUUCAAGGACUUUUCACCAAGCACAAUGUCUCAAUCAUCUAUGAAGGCAUUGAAAAGCAUUGACUGGAAAAGAUAUGGUUUGCAUUUAGGGCGUAUAGUAGAGCAAGAUGGCAUAGCAUUACUAGAAUGGGAAAACCUCCCUACUCAUACUCACAUUGAUAUUGUCCUCCACUCAUAUCUAAAACAAUAUCCAACAUUGGACAAAUCCUUUAGGUCUCAAAUUGAUAGAAGUCUUGUUAAGAGAGCUAUUAAAUUUUCUCUUGAUGACUUGAAGGCUAAGCAUUCUGGGGAUUUUCUUAGUUCGCGUGCCCUCCAGAUUUGCAACUAUGCCCCUGAUCUUGCUCAAACAAUUGCUGGACUGAUCUUGUCUUCCAGUGACUUAAAUUUCCAGAGAGAAUGUUUUUCACUACUUGGAUUCCAGUCUAAAGAUGUUGGAACUGAAAUCAUGGAAAACAGUAUCAAGGAAAAGAUUGUUUCAGUUAUAGAGAUGAACGACAAGGAUCCUGACAAAUCUAAAGAAAUUGCGCCUUUCCUUUUUGAGGAGGAGGAUCAUAUCCAGGAGGAACUGGAAGUAGAGUUUCAGAAAAGCUAUUUAAGCCCCUUGGACCUGGACAUCGAUAUGUUUUAAUACUUUUUAUACGUCCAUAUUUCAAAUUCGCAUAACAAAUGUGGCCAUUGCAGAACUCUAUGUAUGGAUGCUGCCAAUACCUGCUGUGAAUAUGUCUCCAUGGUCUGAUUAUUUUGACCGGUUCAUAUUCUUGUCUUUUGCUUUGAUUGUCACGCCAGACGCUAGUUCAGUAAGCCGGCUUGAGGGGUCCGGUUUAUGCUCUCCUCUUUUUCACUCGAGUCCCUUAACACCAAAACAAAAUGUUCAGGACCUAAAUUCAUAUUUUAAAUAUAAAUAUAUUUAGAUAUUAUGGAU